UGGAUGCCAGUCUCCUCAGAAGAGCUCAGUCCCCGGUUUAAGUCCGAGCGAGGGACCAUGCCGUCCCAGGUCCAGGGAUAAAAGCCAUCGGCCCAAGUGCAUCUCUAUUCAUCUCCAGAGCCUUCCUCCACGAAUUGCGAUUCGCCCCCGCUGGAAAGCGCAGCCUCGCAGCUAGGGGACACAAAGCCAUGCUAUCGCAUAGUACCAUGGUGAAGCAGAGGAAACAGCAAGCGUCAGCCAUCAUCAAGGAAAUCCAUGGAAACGACGUGGACGGCAUAGACUUGGGGAAGAAGGUCAGCAUCCCCAGGGACAUCAUGGUGGAAGAACUGUCCCAUCUCGGUAACCGCGGUGCCAGGCUAUUUAAGAUGCGCCAGAGAAGAUCCGACAAAUACACGUACGAAAACUUCCAGUACGAAUCUAAAGCACAGAUAAACCACCGUAUUGCCAUGCAGAACGGGAAGCUGGAGGGAAACAGCCUGGAAGCUGGACCCCAGCAGGCCCCCUCGACGCCCCCCAACACCCCGGAUCCACGAAGCCCUCCACACCCAGACAACAUCGCGCCAGGCUAUUCCGGACCACUGAAGGAAAUUCCUCCUGAAAGAUUCAACACCACAGCCGUGCCUAAGUACUACCAGUCUCCCUGGGAACAGGCCAUCAGCAGUGAUCCGGAGCUUGCAGAGGUGUUGUCCCCGAAAUUUUUCAAGCCCGAAGGAAAGGCAGAACUGCCUGAUUACAAGAGCUUUAACAGAGUCGCCACCCCAUUUGGAGGUUUUGAAAAAGCAUCAAAAAUAGUUAAAUUCAAAGUUCCAGAUUUUGAGCUGCUACUGCUAACGGAUCCCAGGUUCAUGGCCUUUACCAAUCCGCUUUCUGGCAGACGGUCCUUUAACAGGACUCCAAAGGGGUGGAUAUCCGAGCAUCUUCCCAUAAUGAUCACAACCGAACCUACGGAGGAUGCCACCAUGCCGGAAUCUGAAGAUCUAUGAAAACGAAGUUGUGUUUGCCACAGAGACCUCCCAAUAGAAAAUUUGCUGUUCUACUAUUCUUCCUGUCAAAGCCACUUCACAUUUUUCAUCGGUAGCAAUAAUUUAAUAGCAAUUUAGCACUUUCAUGGCAUUUAAUUUCAAUCUCAGAUCAAAUACUAAUAAACAAUCAGACAUUUUAUUUUAAAAAACUCA